AUGCAUAUCCCACAGCCUGUCUGGCAUGCUGCUCGUGCAUCCGGCGCGGCUCCCACCUACUUUCGUGCCUGUGGACGAUUUCUGGACGGCGGCCUCAUUUCCAAUAACCCAACGUUAGACAUUCUCACUGAGAUCUAUGAAUUCAGCAUCGCUCGGCAAUUGAAAAACGAGUCAGUAACUCCAGUAUCACUAGUUGUCUCAAUGGGAACUGGACGCAUUCCCAUUACCCAAGUGCACACAGUCGACAUAUUUCGACCACAUAAUCCGUUGGAUGUGAUCCGCUCUGCCAUGGGCAUCACCUCGCUUGGCCGGAUCCUCGUUGAGAUGGCCACUAUGUCCGAGGGUUAG